AUGCAAGCCUAUAAUCAAACAAUCAAAGCGUUGAAGAAGUUAGCUAAAAAGUUGGGAUUAAAAUAUCCCACAAUGGAAAAUGCUAAAUGGACAUUUUGGGGAUCGAUCUUUUAUUCACUUACUGUUUAUACAACUAUUGGUUAUGGUAAUAUUUAUCCAGUAACGGCAAUUGGACGUUUGUUGACGCUAAUUUACGCGUUCAUUGGCAUACCGUUAACAUUAUUCUCACUAAUCGCAUUAGGCGGCUCAUUCGCACGAUUUUGCAAAAUGUUGUGGAUGAUGUUAGCCAAAACAUUAGCUCGAUCAUCCCGAUUGGUAUCGGAAGAUAUUGAAAAGCAUAUUGAAAGAAAAAUGACAUUAUCAGAAGCUGAUUUGGACGAAAAUGAGCAGUUACUCAAAUUUCCGGUAUUCGGUUUAAUUUUGAUAACGGUUCUUUGGGCAUUCAUUUGUGCCGAAUUAUUUCUCAUUUUCGAAAAUGAUUGGUCCUACGGCACAUCACUUUAUUUCACAUUAAUAUCAUUUACAACUAUUGGAUUUGGCGAUGUUUUGCCCGGUGAACCGAAUUAUAUUGCGCAUAUUUCCUUAUGUCUGUUAAUUGGUCUUGCAUUGGUCUCAGCUGUUAUCAAUGUUAUACAACAGCAAAUUGAAGCAUUAGCUACGGUAAUUAAUUGA